GGCCGUUCAACGCAAAUCCAACGGGGAAGGCUUCUCCAGGGUUACGGGCGAUUCGCAGGCCCGCACGCCCGUGGCCUUGUCGGAACACCAGCCCCACCGCUCCGCCAGCGGCCGCCGCGGUAGUUUUCGCUUCUCCUCGACGGCCACCGUCUCCGCAGCCAACACCUCCUCCUCCGCACCCAGAUCGACGCCGUUAUUGGAAGCCACACCCUCCCAGUCCUCCAGACCCGCCGAAUUCCCCAAACCCUAGCGCCAAAAUCUCCCAUUCUGUGGCGCCAAUCGGAGCCGGAUUUCCUCGGUUUUGGCUGGGGCAGCGGCGAACCGAGCCGCCCCGCAUGGUGCGGCGCGCGCGCGCAUGAACCCGGCCAUGGACGAGAUCAACCUGCUGCGGCAAGCGCAGCGGCAGCACCAGCACCAGCACCACCUGAUGGUGCGCGGCAUCGGCGAGGAGAUUGACCUCGAGAUCGGCCCAGGCGAUGACCCCUCCUUCUCCGGCGCGGCACUUGUCGCCGUCACGUCCGCGCACGACACCGUCCCCGCCGACGACCACAAGAGCCUCCUCAUCCCGUGCUCGCAGCCCAACGCGGUGGACGGGCAGGCGCCGCCGCCUGCGCCGUCGCUGCCGCAGCGGGAGGAGCAUGACGGGAUGCUCAGGCUGCCGGCGCACACCAAGAAGAAGAAGAAGGUGGUGAAGAAAUGGCGAGAGGAGUGGGCAGACACCUACAAGUGGGCCUACGUCGCCGUGCACGACAACACCACCAGGAUCUUUUGCUCGGUGUGCAAGGAGUACGGCCGGAAGCACCGUCGGAACCCAUAUGGCAAUGAGGGGAGCAGGAACAUGCAGAUGAGUGCGCUCGAGGAGCACAACAAUAGCUUGCUGCAUAAGGAGGCGGUCCGGUUGCAGAUGGCCUCCAAGGAGAACUUGCAACCCCCUGAGAUCGAGAGGUCGGUCUAUGUCAAAGCUUUGUCGAAAACAGCAGCAUCAAUACUUGAAGCUGUCCUAAGGAGGGAUCCCCAUGAAGCCGAAUUUAUACAGUCCAUCCAGGAGGUGGUUCAUUCCCUAGAAUCAGUUUUGGUGAAGAACACCCAAUAUGUACAAAUCUUGGAGCGCUUGUUGGAACCUGAGAGAUGCUUUAUCUUCAGAGUGCCAUGGGUUGAUGACAGAGGUGAAGCACAUGUCAAUAGAGGUUUCCGUGUGCAAUUCAGUCAGGCGUUAGGUCCAUGCAGGGGUGGUCUUCGUUUUCACCCAUCCAUGAACUUGAGUGUGGCAAAGUUUCUAGCCUUUGAGCAGACUUUGAAGAAUGCUUUGUCAUUAUAUAAACUUGGAGGUGCUGCUGGAGGAAGUGAUUUUGAUCCAAAGGGUAAAAGUGAUAAUGAGAUAAUGCGUUUUUGUCAAAGUUUCAUGGAUGAACUGUAUAGAUAUUUGGGCCCUGAUCAGGAUUUUCCCACUGAAGAUGUUGGUAUUGGUCCAAGGGAAAUGGGUUACCUUUUUGGGCAGUAUAGACGGCUUUCUGGUCAUUUUCAGGGAAAUUUUACAGGACCUAAAAUCUUCUGGUCUGGUUCAAGUUUUCGAACAGAAGCUACUGGAUAUGGGCUGGUAUUUUUUGCGCGUCUUUUACUUGCUGAGAUGAACAAGGAGCUUAAAGGAUUAAGAUGUGUUAUCAGUGGUUCUGGAAAGAUGGCAAUGCAUGUCCUGGAAAAGCUUCUGCCAUGCGGAGCCAUUCCUGUUACAGUCUCAGAUUCAAAGGGCUAUCUGUUAGAUGAAGAUGGGUUUGAUUAUAUGAAAUAUUCACUUCUGAGGGAUAUUAAGGCUCAGCAAAGGAGCCUCAAGGAGUACAUGAAAUCAUAUCCACAUGCCAAGUAUAAAGAUGAUGCAAAGCCGUGGAGUGAGCCGUGUGAUGUUGCAUUUCCAUGUGCAUCACAUAAUGAGAUUGACCAGGGGGAGGCUGUUGCAAUAAUUAACUCUGGUUGCCGUGUUCUUAUAGAAUGUUCAAAUAUGCCUUGCACUGUUCAAGCAAUCGAUAUCCUAAGAAAGGGGAAAGUCCUUGUUGCUCCAGCAAAGGCAACCGCUGCUGGUGGGGUAGCGCUUGGAGAACUUGAAUUGAAUCCCGAGUUUAAUUUGAUGCAGUUGUCGGUGGAAGAUUUUGAGAAUAAAAUUCAGGAUGCAAUAAAGCAAACAUACGAAAGGUCGAUCAAAGCUGCUCAAGAUUAUGGAAUCAUGAAAGAGAACCCUGAGUGUUUGGUGCACGGUGCAAACAUUUGUGCUUUCCUUAACAUUGCGCAAGCCAUGACUGAUCAGGGAUGUGUCUAAUUAAGCCUUUGAUUCUGUCAAGAAGCUACAAUUGAAGCUUCUUGCAACCGUGCAAGGAAAAAUAGAAUUUUCUGCUGACCAGUAUUGCUUCGAUGCUUCACACCUUCAAUUGGUGGUGCACAAAUCAUGAAGCACUCCAAAACUGGAAGUAGUUGGAAUCACCCUUGAUUUGCACUAUGAAAUGUGUGCAACUCAAAUGGGUAGAAUGUUGCAAAAGCUUUCCUCUGGCAGGGAGGAAAAGCCCCAGUUCGUGGUACUAUAUAGAAUAGCUCUUGUUGAUCACCUGUAUUAUCCAUUGCUAUGAACAUCUAUGUCAAUGGAAGGUAAAUAGAAGCAAUUCUUUUGUA